GCGGGUCUGAUGACGUCUCCGAACACUAGCAAAUUCUAGACGUUUUUUUUUUUUUUUUUCUUCUUUCUCUCCACUCAUACUGACGUAGCGCGUGCAGCUUAGAGUCCAGCGCUCAGGGCGAACAGUGCAUGUUUUCCAUCUAAUAUUGGUGUACAUAGUUGAGGGAGUGCUGGACUCAGUGUGCCGCGAGAGACUACGCUAGUGUCGGGGCGUCAGACUGAAGUGGGAGGUGGCUGUGCUGUGCGGUUGUCACGGAGAGAGCGUAUACUCCUGAGGCUAUCACAACAAAUCCACUCAUCUCAAACCGGUCGACAGACGGCUAAACUGUUUACUAAUUGGGACGAAACACUCGGACGGUAGGGUGGAGUUUGAGGCAUUACAGGAGACAUGGUGGACUACUACAGUGUCCUGGGAGUGUCCAGAACAGCAUCACAAGAUGACAUCAAGAAGGCGUACCGGAAACUCGCCUUAAAAUGGCAUCCAGACAAAAAUCCAGACAACAAGGAGGAAGCAGAAAGAAAGUUCAAGGAACUCGCUGAGGCCUAUGAAGUCCUGUCUGACAGGAGCAAACGUGAUGAGUAUGACAGAUAUGGCAGCGACAGAAUGCGACACACAGGUUCCUCCAGCUCAGACUUCUCAUCAGAUUUCCCAGGAUUUACCUUCACAUUCCGCAACCCAGAUGAGGUGUUCAGAGAGUUUUUUGAUGGACAAGAUCCCUUUGCAAAUUUUUUUGAUGACUUUUCAUCGUUCGGAGGUUCAUCUUCUCGCCUUGGCCCUAGUCGAUUCUUCUCUUUUCCUUCAGCCGGAGUUGAAUUUACGUCUUUCUCUUCUUCCUUCGGUGGUCUGGAUGGGAUGGACAGCAUGAGUGGAGGGAUGGGUAACUUCAAAUCAGUUUCUACUUCCACUCGUAUCGUAAAUGGCAAACGCACCACCACCAAGAAGAUUAAAGAGAAUGGACAGGAAAGGAUAGAAAUUGAGGAGGAUGGGGUGUUAAAGAGUGUCCUAAUUAAUGGUGUGGAAGAUGAAAUGGCCCUCGCUCUGGAGUUGAGCCGAAGAGAGGGACAGCCCCAUCCAUCCCCUCAAAAGCCACAAAUCCAGAACAGAUCACCCGGCGAGUCUGACAGAUACCGCUCCAGCCCUUACUCUGCAACACAGCGCUCGUUUAGCUCCGCCCCCUUCUACCACUAUGGUGUUGCAGGAGGAAGUGAGAAUGAUGAGGAAGAUGAAGAGCUUCAAAUGGCUUUGGCAUGCAGCCUGUCAGAAAUGGAAGCCCAGCAGAGAGCUGCUGCUACCGACUUCAUAUCAGGUGCUGGGGCUGGGGUCAGAGCCAUGAGUGGUAAAACUAAAACAGGCAGGGUUGAAAAGGGAAAACAUUUAAAUUUGCCUAAUGGUGACAAAGUUGUUGCACAGGAGAAAAAUGAGGAAGGUCAGCUGAAAAUGGGCUCAGGGUCUGGAGAUAAAUGGGAAAUGGGGAGUAAGGGAACCCGGGAGCCAGGUAUUUCCCCUGAGUCACCCACAGCAGCCAACAUGACACUGCCAAGCCACUGCAGUGAAGAAAGGUUCAAACCUGAGAUAAAAAACUGCGACAGCAGUGUGAAAAAGAAAAAGAAAUGUGGGUGUGUCAUGUGCUAAUGCACUGUCAGUGUGUGUAUGUUAGGGAUGCCUUAUUAUUAUGCCUACACUUACCUCAGUGUGGGUCAAUAGCCAGACUAAUAUGACUGCUUGGAUCUUUAUUUGAGGCUGUGGCUGGAGAUUUGAUGCCAUAACACCUCUUAAGUUUCUUGCUGGUGUUUGUUUUUAAUGGACAGUCUAAAUAUUUCCAAAUAAUUUGUUUACAUUGUUCGGAAUAGUUUUAUUUGAUGAAUAAAAAGCAAUACAAAGGAUCAUUUCAGAAUGUAUGUAAAUGUGCCAAAUAUUUCCAUAGACUGAGAAGAGUGUGUCUGGGUAGGGAUUUAGUUUAAAGGAAGGGGUCAUAAAUGAGGACCAAUUUCAGAUUAAAACUUCUGAAAGAUGUUGUGGAGAGUUUCACCUUCAAAUAAAAAUUGAAAGAGUGUUUUUUAGGGUUACAACUUGGCUUCAAGAUGAAGGUUAGAAGUAGGUAAUAGAUUGGUGUUAGGCUUAGAUGUGAAGAUUAUUGUUAGUUUAAAGAACAAGGAAAUGCAUUGUGUCUCUAUAUUGUGUGUGCAUGUUUGUGUGUGUGUGUGUGUGUGUGUGUGUGUGUGUGUGUGUGUAGUUGCCUCUUUGUAUGCGUUUGGCUCUGUUGGGACUCUGCCAUAGAAUUUUCUCAUUCAUACUCCCUGUCAAAGUGAAUGUCACCAAAUUGUGUCCAAAACAAUAGAUCAAAAUCAAAAGUAGGUCACAGAACUUUCUGCAGUGAUUUUCAUUAUGACAGACUUUGAUUAAAGAAGACUUGUUUACACUGGUCAGCUGAUAGUUGUUCCUAGAGAAAGCACAGCAAAAGGUACCUACAGUACAUGAAGCACAGCCUAAUAGAAACACUGCAGGGUUCCCAAUCAGAAAUGUUCAUCUACUGUAGGCGGCACAGACAUUUACUAAAGUUGCAGUUUUGAGGAGCUGUAAUAUUAAAUGCAAGUACAUCUGAUCUCAGUGUACUUUUGCAAAAAUGACACUACCUAUUUUUAUCAGUUUAGAUUAGAUUGUAGUUUGGGAAAAGCACUUUAUGAAGUUUGACAGCACACUAAUUUAAAUUCGAAUGGUUUUAACGUAUUUUUGUCCUUUUGUACACUUUACACACAAUAUGUCUAGUUAUUACACUUGGUUUGGUACUUUAAAGAGGCAUCUAGAGGGACUUCCAACAUUUAAUUGUGUUAUAUUUAGAAACAACAUUUUUUUUAAUUAAAUAAUUCCAAUUUUUUCCCUUUAAAUUGGUUCAAACCUCUGAAGUGUUAGACCUAAUGUAGCUCCAUUUUUAUGUCUUUCAACAUUUGUGUUGGAAGUCUCACAAAAUUAGUAAACCCCCAUCAGUGUCACCAGUUUCCUCGAAUGCAAUAUUUCUGUACUUAGUAUUUGGAAAUUAUAUAAUUUAGAAUAAAUAGAUAUAGAUUUUUAUUUCAGAUGUUGAUGUCAUAUUUCUAGAAUUUACUGACUCAUUUAGAGGAGCAAGCAAUUCCAGCUCUGCUGAAUUGGCCUAAAUCUAAGUAAAGCUGGUUUAUUUGUAUAUAAUAUUAGUACCCACCUUUGCACUGAAACUGUACUUUGUUUACAAAGCAAUAUUAUGUGUAUAAAUGAUCAUACACACAAAUAUCUGCGAGCAGCAAAUAACUCUGCAGCCACUGAAAGGUAUCCAGGUAUAGGAGUUAUGUGGUCAAAGUGUGUGUGUGCGAGAGCUCAGUAACUUAGUGGUUAAUUUGGAUAAAACCCAAAACUCCUCUUAUGAGGUAUAAGUAGUACUUUUUUAUGAGGUUGUUGCUAAGUCUGUGAAAAUAAAGCUGGGGGGAAAAGAUAGUCUUGCCGGUGCCUAAAAACAAAAGUGUUAAAAAUGAUCACUACCAGUAAUUAUAUUUAAAUAUUCCCAAAAAUAUAUUUUUUGUACUCUUAAAAGGACAUGCCUGUCAUAAUAAGUUGCUUAUUACAGGUAGUAUCAUUUUAUCUAUUGUCUUUAUGCUGCUUGUACAGCAAUGUUUGUUGUUGUAUUACACAUUAGUACGUAUAUUUCACAAGUGCUUGGGUUGUUUUACAUGCAUGAGUGUUGCUUUCUCAUUUACCAGCAAAUCUAAUCACUGGCAAAAAUGAAGCACAGCUAUGAUAAAUUGAAGGAAAGCUGAAUCUUUUCUCUAUGACUUAUUGCUCAUUCCUCCUCUUUCAUUGCUGGUGUGGAGGGUGAAUGAUAGUGACAGAGGCUGAUUAAUUACUUUCUAAAUUUACAGUAUAUCAGCGUGUGUUAUUUGUACUACGUUGCAGUGUCAUGUGCUAAUGUUCUUUUCCAAAUGUGAUUGGGAAAUAACUAAUAAAAGUUGUGCCAAAAGAUGA